AUGGGCAAGACAUCACGGAAGAAGACAAUGUACGAAGUACACACAUAUGUCCUCCGUUUCGGUCGACAGGACGGACGUGAACGAGCGCAACCCGAACAUAUCCCGUUGACCCGACUGUCUGCACGUCGCUCCACGGACGUACAAAGAAAACUCAUCAUCACGUCGUCGUACUGUGCUCCUACCAACCUCUUGUUUUUCUACAUACUUGACGACAUCGCCGACGAUGACCCAGCAGGCUGGGUACAGAAGAAACAACAACACCCGCAUCACUAUGGGGACACGGCCAUGCUCGAGAGAAAAGUACGGAAAUAA